CCGCUGCAGCCGUUCUUGCCAGUGCUACAACGUUGCCACAUCAUUAUCUACCAAAAGGAUUUACUAUACCGCUGGGCUGAAGCGCGCCAUCUUCACCGUUGAUAUAAUAAAUCAUGAAUUGAUUUGCCGCUACCGAAGUAAUUGUUUUGGUCUGUCAAUUCUCUGCAGUGACGGUGUUUGGUUAAAGGGAUACGGCGGUAGCCUACCGGUGAUGAUCAACCUGAUCAAGCGGGAGGCUCCCAUGACAGCCAAACCAAGUGAUGCAGCGGAACGUACGCGUGUUUUUCUUGUGUUGGGAAACGCGAAAUGAGACAACCGGAAGCGAAAGGAGGAAAGGCUCAUGUGUAUUUAGGGAAUAUAACACCAGAAUGACUUUAUAUUUCCCUUUCGGAUUUAAGUCAUUGCAUCAGAAUUUCCAUUACGGAAUGCAACAGAAUCGGUGACCAAGGAUACUGGACGACUUGCUGGCUGCCAUCUGCUGCUCAAAGAAGCAAUAUGCUAUUAGAAUCCAUCCAACGGCUUUACACUUCUAUGGAAACAGCAACUCUGGCAGAAUAUGAAGAGGGAAAAAAGGAAUUAUAUCUAGAGGAUUGGAUUUUGUGAGCUGCUGUCUGCUUUUCCUUUGCAGGCUACCAGUAACAAUAUUUUAGUUUCUCCAAUGACUCUCUAUCUGUUGUUUAUAUUGAAUUUUAGUGGUAUUUAUUUGUCUGAAACCACAUGGCUGCUGUUUGUUUUGCAUCUCUUCUGAAGAGAGAGAAACAGAUGAGAGGACUGUUCCAUGCAAUAUGCCUAUAUUCACAUCUUAAUAAAUGAUAUAGUACACAGAUGUGGAUGGAGGAGCAGUCAUACUGGAGCUAAAUAACAGCAUCAUCUUAUUCACCUCCAUCAAUCAAAUGUUAUUCAUUAUUUAUACAACACUUAACGGCAACCCGGGACCUCAACCCCACACCAAGGAGCAUCAGAGGUGACAUCAGUGGAAGAACUCUGGGGAAAUGGGAAUGCCAUUCAUUCUUCAGGCAAAUGGAAGUUUAAUACAAAGCUCCUUGAUUAUCGUACAAAAUGAAGGUGUUUUCGGGCAUUAGACUAAGCAUUCACCAAGCUCAGGUGAAUGACCUCCGUCUUGACUGUGCGUGUGUGGAAUGCUGGACAUCAGAAUGAAGGAGGCGUGUCGUAUCUGCGCGAGGGAGCUCUGCGGUAACCAACGGCGAUGGAUCUUCCACCCCGCCUCCAAACUCAACCUGCAGGUGCUCCUGUCCCACGCCCUGGGGCGAGAGCUGAUCCGCGACGGCCGCGGCGAGUUCGCCUGCUCUAAGUGUGCCUUCAUACUGGACCGCAUGUAUAGGUUUGACACGGUGAUUGCCCGGGUGGAGGCUCUGUCCAUUGAACGGCUGCAGAGGCUGCUCCAGGAGAAACACCGGCUACGGGGCCUCAUCGGUGGCCUCUACCGGAAGACCAACAGGGAGGAUGGAGGCGGUGGUGGAGGGGCCGUUACUGGGCCUGGGGAUACGGGAGGAAGGGUACAGGGGGAUGGUAUGGUGGACAUGUCCGGUCUGACCCAUGCUAAGUACUGUGCCCUGCUCCAGGAGGACUUGGUGUACUCUCUGUAUGAGUCCUGGGCUGAGGAGGGGUUAGAGUUCGGGGGUCACCAUCAUCAUCAUGGGCAUCCCCCACAGUGCGCAGGGCCUGCGUCAGAGGUGACGGCUGUGGGGUCACAGCGCUGUGGGACUGUCACGCGUUCACCCAGGAAGUGCCGAGGGUGCACGGUGUGGCGAGUGGCGGACUCAGACUACGAGGCUGUGUGUAAAGUACCCAGGAAGUUGGCACGCAGUAUUUCCUGUGACCCAUUGACGAGGUAUUCGGUCAGCGUGAUUGGAGGAGGACGUGCAAGUGGAGGAGGAAGAGGAGGGGAGAAAGAUCCAGAGGGGACCCCCUCCUCGCUCACGCUGAUCCCUGGGUCCAACCCUACGCCCCGGGCUUCGGACAGCGACCGUACCCUGGUGGGCCGAGCCAGCUCCAGCCCCUCUAUAGACUCCCUGGACAUAACCGGAGAAUCUACCCAGCUGUCUGCAAUCCAAGAUGGGGACGAGGGGCUAGAGUAUCCCCAGGACCCCCUGGAUGAUCGGUUCUCCGACUCCCUCUCCGAGGAGCACCACCUGGUGACUCCACUGAGGUCAGCCACCCGCCUCUCACUGGCCCUCUGCCUGGUCCAGAACUGUGUGUACCGGCCAGUCAAGAGCCCCAAGGGAAGCAGACUGCCUGUACUCAACAGACAGAGCCCCAGCAGCGGAGGCUCCAGACUGAGCUUCCAUGAGCCAGCUUUGGGGUUGCUGUAUGGAGGUCUGAAUGGGGAGGGGGAGGUUCAUGUCCAUGUGCCCGACCUGGAGGCCCCUCUGAUCAGGCUGGAUAGAGGGCUAGAUGGGGGUCUGGACCUUGCUGAGAUGGAGGAGCUGUGGGAGGAUCUGUAUCAUGAGUGUCCUCCCCCACGCCCCCACCAGACUCUGAUCGAGGAGCAGCAGAGCCAGUUGAACCAGUAUGAGUGUGCAGCAGGUCAGUGUGUCAGUGAGCUGCAGAAGGCCCAGCUGCAGGUCCAGUCCCUGCAGGCCAAGAGCCAGGAGAGCGAAGCCAACAACGCGAAGUUGCAGGAGAAGCUCAUUGAGAUGGAGUGUGAACUGCGUUCCAUACGCCAGGGAGCUAAUUUCCAAGAGCGCACCAUCCAAUGCCUGACCGAUUCUGUCAGUACCAAGGAUAACGAGGCCGAGGAGCUGUACCAGCUAAUUGAGGGGCAGAACGCCACACUGUGUAAGCUGAGAGAGAUGGCCCACCGCAACCAGAUCACACACACUGAGGAUCCAGAGGGGGGCAGUGAGGGUGCGAGUUUAGCCCAGCUUCAGGGUGAGUUGGUGGGGUUACAGAGCUCUCUGUUCACCCUGGGCCUGGAGCUGGAGGCCAGUCAGAGAGCCCAGAGACAGAGCCAGAGACAGGCCGAGGACCUGAGCAGAGCUAAAGACAGACUCCACUCUGACCUAAAGGAGGCCCUGCAGCACAGAGAGGUCACCGACAAACACAACCAGGACCUGCGCAGUGCCCUGGCUCAGUCUGGCUUUGAGCUGCGGGCUAAAGAGGCUCAGCUGGAGGAGAGUAAGGCGGAGAGACGCACAGAAGUUCAGGAGAGAGACAAGAGCAUCACCCAGCUCAAACACUCCCUUCGGGACAAGGAGAGGCGGCUACAGGAGUACUCUGAACUCCCGGAAUCAGCAGACAGCUCCGAACCCAGAGAUGCUCUGCUGGACAAACUGAGAGAACGCAUCAGGGACAGGGACAGAGCAUUGGAGCGGUCGAUAGAUGAGAAGUUCAGUGGUCUGGAGGAGAGGGAGGAGCAGGUGAGGAGACUACAGCUGGCCCUUCGAGAGAAGGAGCGAGACCUGGAGAGACUGCGCUGUAUACUGUCCAACAACGAGGAGACCAUCACGAGUCUGGACGCGUUGGUGCGGGGUAAGGAGCUGGAUGUGGAGCAGGCAGCCGAAGCUCACAGGAACCUGCAGUGGCUCCAGCAGCGGAGUGAGGAGAGAGAGAAGUGCACUCUGAGAGAGAGAGACACGCUCAUCAGCCAGCUACAGACUGCCCUGCAGACACGCAGCCAGGAGGCACAGGACCUCACGGCAGCCCUCCUGGCUAAGGUCCAGGCAGGCCCCAGUGGGGUGGUGGAGGAGCUGAAGGCUCGCCUCGCGCUGAAGGAGAAACUGUUUCAGGAACUGCUGUCAGACCGCAGCCGCCAGAGCCACGAACACCAAGCACAGGUCCAGGAUCUGCUCAGCACUAUCAGCACUAAGGACCAGUACAUACAGGACUGCUCUGAUAGGCUCUCUCAAGUGAUUGGCGAGCGGACGGGCCAGCUUCAGGAGCUUCGCAGGCAGCUGUCGUCACAGGAACGGGAGAUGAGUGAGCUUCGGAAGGAGAGCGAGAAGGAGAGAAUGGGAGAGGCAGAGCGAUUGCAGGACCUGCUGAAGGAGAAAGAGGCUUUUAUCCAGAGUCUGAUGCAGAGCCAGGAGGAGAGCAUGGAGCUCUCCACACCAGAGGGGGCAGAAGAGGUACAGGCCAUUCGGGAGGAGCUGCAGCUGGUCAGGAAGAAGGAGAAGGAGGCUCAGCUGGAGAUUUCAGCCCUGCGUUCAGCUCUAGCUCAGGCCCAGGAGCAGGCCCAGAAGCAGGGGGAUAGAUUUAAGAUCCUGGCCCCAGGAGUAGUAGCCAGGGAGCCCUCCAACACUGACCACCAGAGUGUACUGGAGCAGUUGGUCAGUGAGUACCACAGGCUGAACGAUGCUCUGAGGGCAGAGAAGAGGCUAUACCAGAGUCUGAGCCACAUCCAGGACAGAGGAAACAGCAGCUCAGAGAAGACCCGGGCCCUUCACACCGAACUGGACUCUGUUCAGGCACUCCGAGGGCAGCUGGAGGAGGUCCUAGCCAGGACCCGGAAGACCGCCCUGGCACUGGAGAGGGCAGCUAAGAGGCAGUCUGACUUUGGAGAGCUCAGCACGGAGGAAGAGGAGGAGGGAGAUGAUGAACAGGGCAGCACUGAUGAGUUCUCAGACAGUAUCGAAGACGAUGAGGAUAAACUGACUGCCAAAAGCCUGGCCUCCACUAAGAACUCUGGAAUGGCCUGUGGGCAGGGGGUGCUGUCUGGAGGACCGGUGAGUGGAGCACUGUCCCAGGGGGCCAUGGGGCAGGUGAAGCAGCUGGCUGAACAGAAGAGGGCAAUAGAAGAAGAACUGGAAGAGAUGAGAACACAGCUGGAGACCACCGGCUACUCCUCCCUAGCCCAGAUGAGGAGUACACUGCUGAGGCUGCAGCAAGAGAACGAGGCCCUAAAAGAGAACCAAGGGGGGGUAGAAGGUCUAGGAGAGCUGGAAGAUCCAACAGACGCGUGCCAAGGAUGGGAACAGAAAGAGGAUCAGGAGAUGGAAGAGGAGGAAGAGGUACUACCAGCAGUGGGACCCACCCAGAGCAAGUGUGGGCCCCCAGCAGUAAGGAUGAGAGAGGGAAUGGGGAAGAGACAGUGUACCAGACCUCACUCCUUAGACCUGGGAACUCUCCUGUCCCACCGUCAGCCAGACCACACAGAGAAGGUAAAGGAGGCGGGGUCUGAUGAUGUCACUGGUGAUGCGGGCGGGUUCUGGCAGCAUGUGGAGACGGGUCUCCGUGAGCAUGUGGUUCGCCUGCGUUCUGAUUUGGCGCUGAGCAGACAGGAGAGCAGAGAGCUGCAGGAGAGACUCAUGGUGUCUGAGGCCACGGUCCACGCACAGGCUGAACAACUCAAGGACUACAGGGAACUGCUGACGGAGACAUCAGUUGAGCAGGACAAUAAGCAGGUCCAGGUGGACCUACAGGACCUGGGCUAUGAGACGUGUGGCCGUAGUGAGAACGAGGCAGAGAGAGAGGACGCCAGCAGCCCGGAGUUUGAUGAUCUGGAGAUGUGUACCCCACUGAGCCACCAGCAGGACUAUGAGCGUGCCGGGGUUUGGUUCCAUGGUGAUGGGGGGGUGGGCGGGGCUUAUGACGAGGGGGAGGAGUCAGUGACAGGCUCUCUACAGCAAUUGGUCCAGGACUUGCGUUCUAAGCUGGCCCGCUGUCACAAGGUGAUUCGUGGGUUGCAGCUACGUGUGCGUUCACUAUCCACCACCAGCGACUACGCAUCCAGUCUGGAACGCCCCCCACGCAAGGUGAACUGGGCAUUCGAGGCCUCCCCGGCCCCCGGCGGUGUGGAGGAGGAUGAGGGCUGGAUGUCCGACAGCCUGGGGCCUCGCAUGGAACCCAAGCCCAGCCGGGAGCUGCGAGAGCUGAUGUCCCGAGUGGCCUCACUGGAGGCGCAACUCAAGAGCUCCAGGCUGGAGGGGAAAGGAGGGGCGGUGGAGGAGGGGAAGUGUGCUACCUGGCCCGGGAAGUACAACACUCUGAUCCAGGCACAGGCCAGGGAGUUGUCCCACCUGCGUCAGAAGAUGAGGGAGGGCCGCGGAGUGUGUCACAUCCUCACACAGCACCUGGGAGACACCACCAAGGCGUUUGAGGAGCUGCUGCGUGCCAACGACAUCGACUACUACAUGGGGCAGAGCUUCAGAGAGCAGUUGGCACAGAGCACUGCCCUGGCACAACGAGUGGGCACCAAGAUCAGUGGGCGCGACCGUGCUGAGCUCCAUGAUGAUAAGAUGGGCCAUGAGCUGCUUGCUUUACGGCUGAGUAAAGAGCUACAGCAGAAGGAUAAGAUCAUCGAGUCCCUCCACACCAAGCUACAGCAGCGCUCCGACACCCCCUGCAACAGGCAUGCCCACUCGGAGACCACUGACCAAUCAGACAGGACCUCCUUCGUGUCAGACGAGUGCCGGACCAAUGAGGACCUGGAGCUAUGCUCAGAUGUGGACGAAGCCAGCGAAUACGCUCAGGAAGAGCAGGAACAGGGGGCGAGACAUGGCCCAGGAAACACAGGCUUUGUGGUUCCGCACGCCAACGCUCUGUCCAACCUCGCACCAGCCGCACACCACCAGCCAGACCACUCCCCUUACGGCCAGAUUACCCAUCAUGCCUUUUACCCACACCAGCUAGGCAGCCGACCCACGGGCCAAGCCCUGAAGGCCACCACAGACCUGGUGGAGAAUGCUGCAUUGUGGAAUAUGGAGAACAUGGUUCAGCCAGCCAGGGUUGGGUCAUCAGGAAACAAUUCAAAAAACAGCUUCACUGGUGUGGACCUGAUCGAAGAGCACCUGAGAGAGGUGCGGUGUCUGCGUCAGCGUCUGGAGGAGACCAUCAGGACCAACGAGAGGCUCAGACAGCAGCUGGAGGAACGCCUGGCCACCACCGGCCGCGACGGAGGAGCCCCCACUAACAUCUACAUCCAGGGGCUGGACUCUGUCAGCCAGUUGUCCAAUGAGAUCAGAGUCCUGAAAGAGGAGAACCUGGCUCUCCAGGCACACCUGCAGGCCAGCUCAGAUACGUGUGAGGAGGCGGAGCAGCUACGUGAGGUGGUGGUGACGGGGCGUGCCCGCCUGAAGCAGGCGGAGCUAGAGGCGGAGCAGUGGAAGGAGGAGCUCCGGCGGCUGCAGACACGCAGCCAGGAGCAGGGACAGCAGAUACACACACUCAGACAGGAGAGGCAGAACAGCCAUGACAAGAACAAUAGGCUCCAGCAUGAGGUGUCCCUGCUGCAGCAGCAGUUGUGUGAAAGCAGGGAGCUGCUCCACUCUCUGCAGAGUGAGCUGCAGGUGUACGACAGAGUGUGUGCCAACACCAAGGGCAACCAAGGGUACCUGUGUGAGGGCCAGUACGGUGGGGUCCCUGCCCUGCCCGUGGAGCUGGGGGAGCUGCUAGGGGAGGUGAGGAGCCUCAGAGCCCAGCUCCAGUCCAGUGUCCAGGAGAACAGUGUCCUGAAACAGCUGGAGCUCCACAAACACCUGGAGCAGAAGCUGGGAGGUGGGGUCCAUGGAGGGGUGGGGAUCAUUGGGGGGAUGGAGCCCCCUCGUACCCCGUCUCUCAGUGCCCUUACAGACAGCCCCCAGAGGGACAGCCUCUACAGACGGCAGCUACUGCAUGACCCAGCUCCGUCUCCCCCGGUCAGAGACAUUGGGCUGUUUAACUGUGGAUCUCCAUACCACGUUCUCUACACAGACCUGGAGGAGACCCCGCUCACUGCCAAUGAUCUGGACCCCCACUCAGAGCUGGAGGGUGACGCCCCGGACGGCUCGUUCUCCAACCGGAACGGGCGCCAUGCCAUCGGGCACGUGGACGACUACAGUGCUCUGCAGCAGCAGGUCCUGGAGGGGAGGAGUCUGGUCCAGCGAAUGGAAACAGCCCUGCAGGCAUGCCUCAGCCAAUCAAUGCUGGAGGGCAGCCAGGACCAGGUCCUCCUGGACUAUGGGAGUGUGAGGAGUCUGCUGUCGAACACCAAGACCCUGAGACAGAUCCUAGAGGAGGUUGUGUCCCUGACGAAGAUGUUUUGGAGGGCUGCCCUGCCCAGCACAGACCGUUCCACCCAUAACCUUAAGAAGGAGCAGUGUAUGCAGGAGGAGAUUCUGUCUCUGAGGGGGCGUAUCUCGGAGCAGGGGGAGGUGCUUCAGGGAACCAUCCAGAGACUGAGGAGCACCAGCCGCACCAAGGAAAGCAUGGAGCACUUCAUCGUCAACCAGCUAUCAAGGACUCGCGAUGUGCUGAAAAAAGCAAGGACUAACUUGGAGAAGAACGAUCGGAGGAUGUCCUCUCUAAGCUCCUCCUCUUCCACUCCUUAUGCUGCUGAAGACCGAAGUCAAGCCAAUGAACGGCCUACUGAUUGGAGUUUCUUGAAGCCUGGUGACGCCCCGGCAAAGUCCUAUCAGCGUCCGGGAACCAGGAAGCGUGGCAGCCAGUGCCUGCUCCAGGUGCUGACCUGUUAAAGAACCAGCCAGCCCAACACCACGACCUCUGACCUCAACGCCAGAAGACCCCACAACCCCUCCUCUGCCUCACCCAUCACCCCAUCCUAGUCUAUAGCAUCAAACGUCAACCCUCAGAGCACUCCAUCCAUUCUUUCUUUCUCCACCAUUUCUCUCCUGCCGGCAAUUCUUGCCCAAGACUCCUGCACCUCGAGCCUUACCUGAAUUCUUCCUCCUUUAGUGUUCAUUCCUCUACCCUCGUUUGACUGUUCUUCAUUCAUCCCUUUCUUUUCCCCCACCUCCACCGACCCCUGUUCUUCUGUUGGUGUAUUUUAGCUCCAGAGACAGUUGGUUCAGUCUGAUGUUUGCCUUGUGAGUUUGAAGAAGAAGGUGGUUUGAAAUGUGCCUCGGAUGGUAACAGUAAUGUGUGUCCUUGACUGCUGUAGAAGAAGUAGGAUUAAGCUGCCCCUAGACACUGAUCUAAGGUCAGAUUAGCUUUUUCCCAAAUGGUUAAGGUAAUGGGGAGGGUAAGCUGAUCCUAGAUCUGUGGCUGUGGGAAGCUUCUACCCAGAGCAUAGAUAGUGUGCUCCUCUGCCUGGUAGCUUUUGGACGGGAUAAGUGUCAACGCAUGUGAACUCAAGGCUUGAUAAAGGAAAUGUAUACAAACGUACACACACAAAGUACAGUACACACACAUACAUACAUGAUCAAUCAAUUUCUUAGCAAACAAAUCAUCAACUUCGAUUGCCACUGAAAUGCAAGCUUUCUUCUUGUGGCAUUUCACCAAUGAGGACUUUCUUUGCAAAUACAAUGCAAAAGAUACAAUGACAUCCACAAUCUAGCAUAUGUAAAUCUGCUGGAAUCACAGUGGAGGAAUGUAUAGGUGUAGCACUUCUAGGUAAUUGUGUGCUAUAUUUAGAGUGGAGGAUGAUGCCUCUGAAUGGUCUGUCUGCCAUUAGCCAAGGCUUCUGGAUAGCAGAACAAAGGCCCCGUUCCAUUUCAAUCACUAACCCCUUCCCCUAGCACCUACCCCAUCGGUGUUCCCAGAUCUGAAUGGACCAGAUAGGUGAAAGCAAUAUGGUUAUGGCUUCACCUAGCCCUCCGAUGAUCUAACACUGAAUGGGUAUGGGCUAAAGAAGGCGCUAGGGGCUGAAAUAGUGCCGAGGCCGAACACGCGUAUUCAAGCUCCUCUUUAGGAGUCCUCAGACGAGCAUGUGCAAUAAUGAAUGUUGUUAUUUAAAUGAUCAUGGCACGCCAGCUAUUUUUGCCUGACACUGGGACUUAAGCAUUUAGCCACUCUUGAUAAGGUGAAAAAGAUCGUCAGUGCAAUAUUAUACUACUUACUAUCCUGAAUACUACUGAGUGAAAUGAAAUGUCGUUUUUUUGUGCAGUGUCGAUGCAUCCGAGAGGUUUUAAAAGGAACAGUCUCAACCUUUGUUCGUGGAACAGAGGAUCGCCGUUUACUUGCCAAAGUUUGAACUUUGAACUCUUCGCAUACUUGUUUGCCUUACCUAUGCGAAUGACAUGACAUAGCCUACUAUAAAGCAUGACGUGACUCUAUAGGAAGACAUCAGCCUAGUAUGAGACCAUCUAUGACAUUAUGAUGGAGAUAUAAUUUGAUUGGCUGCUCUUUGAGAGCCAUUUGAAGCGGAGACGGUAACCGUCAGAUGAUUGGUUCACCUUAUUUGGAUAUGUGCUUUAUAAACGAGCACAUCUUGUCAUUAAUGGACCAAACCUUUCAAAAAGAGAAUCUUUCACACUAGGCUACUACUGCUUUGUGAAUUACAAAAACACUAUAUUGGGCUCCUGUGAGAGAUGUACCACAAAACCAGAGAAUAUCAUUCUGGAUUGUUAAAUUUCCAUUGUACUUCUUUGAGGUAUUUGUCUUGGUUUAUGACCGUCAUUGCAUUCCCAUGGUGUUAUUGGCAACAUGUUCCUUAUUCUCCUACCUGUUCCAAACUUUGGCAGGCUACUGGUGGGACCAAUGUUCUAGAUUUCACAAUCGGUGAAGAUUGUCACACCCAAAGGUCUUUCUUCCUAUGCUGCUUUUGAUUGUUUUAAGUGUUCUCGCUGUACAUUUAGCCAUUUUCACGCUGUGAAUGACUUGGUUUUUUUCACUGUAUUCUGUUGACCUUUUUGUGUGUGGAUAAUCAUGUCAGACUUUUGCUCUACACGCAAACGUUGAAUAUCUGGGUAGCUGUGCAAUAGCUGCGCACAAUCUGCUUUAUUUUGAUGUUAACCGUCAUUUUAUUAAGAAUAGUUAGGCUUCCUUGAGUGUUUUCUCUUCUGCUUUGUAUGGUUUAUUAGAUUUUGAUUAUGCCAGAUUGUAAUAAAAUAGUCACAGCUAUGAAAUCAUAAAUGUAUGCCUUUUCUUAGAAUAUGACAGAAACCAAACAGUGGUAUUACUUACAAGCCCUCCUAAUAUUAAGCUUUGGAUAGAUAAUGUUGCUUUGCUUGCCUUUAAAAUGUGCUCCUAACACUUACUUGGAGUGACUAGCGUUUGGUGUCUAUCCUAGAUAUAUAUCACAGUAGAUCUGCCAACAAGGUCUUGUUUGCACUCAACUCAAUUGAAAAUCCCUCGAGGUAAAUUGCCAAACAUUCUAAGAUAAAACCCCAUGCCAUGUGUUUCAGUUGACAAAUAAGGAUUUGAUGAGAAGAUUGAGAACGAUGAAGGAAAAUGAAUAUUUUAUACCAAAGCAGAAACACAAACCAUAGAUGUAUAGGAUUGGAUCAGAGUUGAACAGUACAUUACCAGAGCACGUGAACAAUGCGUUGUGUAGAAAGGAAUCAAACAGCAGUAUUUAGCUGUGUCUAGUAGUACUUAUAGAUUGUAAAUAAUGCUAUGUGAUUGAAAUCGAAGAGCAGCUUGGUUUGCCAGGUUGUGUGAAGUGUGUGAUGAAGCUAACUAGGAUGCCGACACAGAGCUUGACUAUGGGCUCUGUCUCUGAAGAUGGUCACUGUGUGUGUGUGUGUUGCCACAGUGUUAUCACAGAGGACUUUUUGUGUUCAAAAAAUAAUAAAAGAAAAGAACUUGUCACAA